CGGCCCCGCCCCCGGCGCGGUGAAGGACAAGGUGACGGCGCGGCGCCCGCGUUCAGCCUCUGCCGCAGCGGCUCCAUCUUGCGAGGUCGCCAUGUUCUCGUCCAUCGCGCCGCUCGCGCGGCACAACCCGUUCUGCGCGCCGCACUUCCAGCUGGUGCAGGACGGCGUGAGGAAGCGCCCGGCGGAGCCCGCGGAGGCCCUCACCACGCGGCGGGGCCUGGCGGCCGCGUCCGCCGACGAGGAAUACAGUUGUGAAUAUGGCUCGCUCAAGUUUUAUGCUCUCUGUGGCGUUGGUGGGGUCCUAAGUUGUGGCCUGACACACACUGGUGUCGUACCUCUGGAUUUAGUGAAAUGUCGAAUGCAGGUUGAUCCACAAAAAUACAAGAGCAUCUUCAAUGGAUUUUCAGUGACAAUCAAUGAAGAUGGUGUUCGUGGCUUGGCUAAGGGAUGGGCUCCAACCUUUAUUGGCUACUCCAUGCAAGGGCUUUGUAAAUUUGGUUUCUAUGAAGUUUUCAAAAUCCUGUAUGGCAACAUGCUGGGAGAGGAAAAUGCCUAUUUGUGGCGUACUUCGCUAUAUUUAGCUGCAUCUGCCAGUGCAGAGUUUUUUGCUGACAUUGCUCUGGCUCCAAUGGAAGCUGCUAAAGUUCGUAUUCAGACACAGCCUGGAUAUGCAAACACUCUACGGCAGGCUUUACCCAAAAUGUUUGCAGAAGAAGGCAUCUGGGCUUUCUAUAAAGGUGUUGCUCCGCUAUGGAUGAGACAGAUUCCAUACACAAUGAUGAAAUUUGCCUGCUUUGAACGUACUGUUGAAGCUCUCUACAAGUAUGUUGUUCCCAAGCCACGAAGUGAAUGUACAAAAGGAGAACAGCUGAUAGUCACAUUUGUUGCAGGCUAUAUUGCUGGUGUAUUCUGUGCAAUUGUUUCCCAUCCUGCUGACUCUGUUGUGUCUGUGUUGAACAAAGAAAAGGGCAGUUCAGCUUCACAGGUUCUUAUGAGGCUUGGAUUCAAAGGUGUAUGGAAAGGUCUGUUUGCUCGUAUCAUUAUGAUUGGUACCCUGACUGCACUACAGUGGUUCAUCUACGAUUCUGUCAAGGUUUAUUUCAGACUUCCUCGCCCACCUCCACCUGAAAUGCCAGAAUCUCUGAAGAAGAAGCUUGGUCUAACUGAAUAGACAACUCAUGGACUGACUGCUGACUGACCCAGUGAUGAGUUUCAUGAAACUUUUAUAUAUUUGACUAUGUAGAAAACAAACUAUACAAUGUCAUUAUUGGUUGUGCCCUCAUCUCAUGUGAGGGUUUAAAUUCUACCACUGUCAUUGCCUGAAAUAAAUGAGAAACAGAAUGCUUAGUGUCUGUUUACUACUGCAUAUGUAAGCUUCAUUUCAUAGUAGCGAAUACCUCAAAUACUCCCUGGCUUCCCCCUCUCCCCCCAAAAAAAUUAAAAAAAAAAAAUACCCUGUUCCACACUUUAGAAACUAGAGAAAUGUUACUCUUCCACUUAAAAUUAGGUUUUCACUGUUUCCAGAGAAGUGCCAAGAACCUGUCCUUGCACUUGGAGCCCACUGAUCAUUUGCCUGUAAAAAGCUGUUACUGUGGAACAGCUGCACUCCUGAAUGGCCAAGAUGAGACUGGAGUCUGAUCGGGCGACCUAGUCAUGAUAUCAGUGUUUCUCACAGAGAUAAAAGGAACCUUAUGCAUACUAGAGCUGUUUCUGCCUUGGGAUGGUCAUCCCAACUUAACUUACACUUACUUGACUAAUUUCUGCUUCUGUUGGCUUUGAACCACACCAAAGAACUUGGCCAUUCUGAUUGUCCUGUGGAAUUAAUGAGUAGUUGCUACCUCUUAACUAGAGAAAAGCUGAUGUUAAUAAAGAUUUUCAAAUAUAUUUGACUACUAAUGGUGUACUUCAGCUUUACAAUAAAAUAAAAAUGGAUUGUCUUUUAUUCUAAAGUUUGAAAAACUUGCCAGCUUUUCCCUACAUUUGCUAUGCCUGGAGUUUUUUAUUUCAUGUUUUUAUUUCUGAAUUAGUAUAAUACUGAAUUAUGGUUGAACCAUGUAUUUCUGCAGCACAAGGAGCCAUACCAGGUUUUUUAGACCUUGAUGUGAAGAAAUACAUGUUCCUCGACACAUAAGAGGAGACAAUUAAGGCAAUGUUAAGGUAUUUGUUUUUGAAAUUUUUUCUCAUUUCACCUGUUCAAUAACCUACAGUUAGUAAUCACUACACCCUAUCCAGUAUUACUUUGCUCACAAAUAAGAGCUGGAGCUGAUGUGGGUUUUUUGCGAUACUCUGGAUAGGCUGCAUUACAGCAUGUGAGCUGUUGAUACAGAAUUUAGCUUGGUACUUACUUAUGUUAUACUGCUUUCUUCCUCUUUAUUUGGCUCCUUCAGAGCCAAAAGGACAAAUCAGGCUGAUGCCAUUGGAAUAUCAUAAAUGUACUGACUGCUGUAUCUUGCUGGAGUCAGAUAUGCCUGCUAUUGUAGCACUGAGCUUCUCACUCCCUGGGAAAAUCCUCCAACUUCCAGGAUUUUGAAUGAUUAUGCUAAAUGAGAAAGCUGGGCCUUAUUUUGAAUUGUUGCCUUUCAAAAUGCAGAGUAAGAGCUAGGACUACACCAUUUCUCUGUCACCAUGACAGUAAUAAAGGCACUCUUCAGAGUGGCUGCUAUCUGCCUGUAUUAUGCAGCAAAGUCAAAUUUAGACCCCAAGUCUAAAUAAAAUACAAGUACUUUGUUGAAUUAAAAUUAUUUAAUGCUAAAAGUAUGUAAAUCUUGUUUCCCCAUCGUGAAUGGGAAGCUCUGAAAUUACUUAAUGAGUCAUUAAAUACUUGUAAGAGCUUCCUUGGAGAAAAGCCCUUACUAUGACUUGAUCUUGUAUUAAGGCUGUUGAUGUUAAAUCACCUUUUGAGGUUGUGUGUAUGGUGCAGCUUGCUACACAAAAUUGUCACUUUCAUACACUGAAAAUCAGUUUCUUUAGAGGCAUGUUUUAACUCAGUAAGUUUUUCUUUGUUAUCUGAAAGUUCCUUCUAAACUUGGCGAAAGUGAAGAACUGUCAAAUUUUAAGGCUUGCAGAGAGUGAGAUAAGCUUUGCUCAUGUAGUAAGGUAGUCUGUCAAGCAAUCUAGUGCUGAGCUAAAUUUCUCGACGCUCUCGUUCUGUAUGUGGAGCAAAAUCGCACAAUUUUUCUCUACGAUUAAGUCAGUGUUGCACAGUUAGUUACAAAUAUGUGCAAUAAUAAGAAUCUUAAGUCCAUUUUCUUAUUUCUCACUGGUAGACCUGAAAUGGUCUUUUAAAGAUGCUUAGAUAAUUUUAUCAAGGUAGAUCUGAGAUAAGACUACAAGGAGCAGGCAGCAGUUCCUGUUCUGUAACUGAGAAAGGGAAAAUACAUGUAGUGCUCUUUGCAGUGUUGUGUUUCAGUGGAAAACACAAGAGGGGGAGAGAAUUGCCUUGCAGCAGCCAGCUUCAUUAACAUUCAGCCAUUGUCCAGAUGCUUGUUAGGAAAGAGUGUUGCUUAAUGGGUCGCCUGCUGGUAUUUUAAAUAAGCUUUAUCGGGAAAAAUGUAGUAUCAAAAUGCAUCUAAAACGUCAACUUUGUUGUUAACUGCUUUGUGCAUAAUGCCUGGUACAUUUUCUGAAGGUUGAGAUGGAGCAGUGGUACUUUUGAUUUGCACUUCCAUUGCAAGGAAAGUCCUGGAUCCAAAAGGGGUACCCCAUUUUGAAAUUAGGUAACUCCAGACCCAUCAAUAAAUCCCAAAGUGCUCUGUAAAACAUGGAUAUGCUGCUUGUGUAUAUUUUAUGAAGGAGAAAACAUACUUUCUUGCUGGUUAUGGAGCUGAGAUGAGCUUUCUGGUUUAAAGCAUACUAUAUAUAUAAAUUUGGAGUAACAACUGCAUUUGCUCAUGGUGUUUGUAUCAGGUUGUGUUACAGAUGAAAUGUGCUGACACUGAUACUCGCGGAAAUGUCUGUUGCAUAUCAUUUUAAAAAGGACUGUAAUAAUACAAAUAGUUGUAACUCAUUUACAUUUUUACAUAGAAAUUAUGUAGUUCACAGUGAAAACAAUAAACAUCCUGCUUUUUUAUAGCAAA